AUGAUGGAAGAAGAAUUUAUUAAGCUCUUUCAGAGUAAUGAAGUUGAAUUACAAACGAUCGAUUAAAAAUAGAUUGACUAGGAGAGCAUUAAAGAAGCAGCCUUAAGGAAAAUUAGAUAGUAGGAAUUGUCAAGUAUGCUGAAGGAUCUCAGUUGGGAUGAUCGUUAUGAGUGGCUACAUUACUAAAAGAAUAAAGGAAAUAAGUUGUUUUAUCAGCAAUAAUAUGAUCGAGCAAUUUAAGUGUAUAAUGAAAUGGCUUUAGCGUUGGAUUUAUAGAACACAUAAGAAAGGAAUGAAAUAAUGAAAUAGGAUUUCUAAUACCCUAUCAUUUUUAAUCUGGCACUCUGUUAUAAGAAGAAAAAGGAUUAUGGGAAAGCAUCCUAAUUUUAUGACAUGGUAAUCAAGAUGCAUCCUAGUCCAAGGUACAUUUUGAGGAGAGGAUAUUUCCAUUUCGAUAUUUAAGAAUAUGAUAAAGUAUAGGCCGAUUUAAGUCUUGUAACCAACAUAAACGAGUAUCCAGAACUGCGGGAAGAUUAUUUUGAACUCAAAUAAAAAUUGAAUGAUGUACUAAAAAAGGAUAGAGAAUUAUAUUAAAGAAUGUUUUAAUAAAAUUCAUAAUCUGAUGACGAAUAAUAGAUAAAACUCUCCAGACUAGAUUAGUUGUACGAAUGGUGUAAAAAUCAGUUCUCUCGCAUCUUUGGUUGUAGAAAAUUGUUCGAAGAUGACGAAUCAGAAGAUGAUGAUGAGUCAGAUCCUAAGAAAUUUAUGGAGAAAUGA